AUGAAGACAGAGCAUAUUUUUAUUCCACAAUUUAAUCCUGUCGUCGGAAGAAUGCAGUGGAAAGAUGUGGAUCCAGAUUAUGAAUUUAACCAAGAAAUAGCUCGGUCUGGAUAUGGUGAUAUGCUUCAUGAUUCCGAUCGAAAUCAUAAGUAUCGAUUAGCUAUCGAACACACCAUUAAACGUCUUAAACAGCAGUAUCCACAAAAUCCUGUCCAUGUGCUCGAUAUUGGAACUGGAACUGGUUUACUGAGUAUGAUGGCUGUUAAUGCUGGAGCUGAUUUAGUUACUGCCUGUGAAUCCUUUAUUCCAAUGGCAACGUGCGCACUCAAUAUAUUACGGAACAAUGGGUUUAGUGACAAAAUUAACAUCAUACCGAAGCGCUCCACUGACUUAAUUGUUGGAGUAGAUAUGCCGUGCAAAGCUAACGUGUUGGUUGCAGAAUUAUUUGAUACCGAAUUAAUUGGUGAAGGUGCCUUAGAAACAUACAGACACGCAGCCGAGCACUUACUGACACUCGAUGCUUCUCUUAUUCCAUGUGCUGCUCAGGUUUAUUUACAGGUUGUUGAAUCUCAAUUUCUUUGGUCUCACCAUCGCUUAUUUCCAUUUCAAUAUAAAAUUGGUGAUACGACUAUAGAUAUAAAAGAGUUUCAGCAUGCAGAAAUUGAAUCAUGCUCAGGACUUCCAUCAACAUUUGAUAUUCAAGUAUCGGAGAUUCAAUUAGAAGAUAGUCAAUUAAUUUCAUGUGAUAGGCAGUUACGCUGUCUUUUGAAGAGUCCUCGAUUGGUUAAACGAUUUAACUUUGGACCGCCUGCAGAUCUUAUUAAAUUAAACGAUGUGAUAGAUUUAGAAUGUACUACUUUUGAGUCUGGUACAGCGCAUGCAUUUAUUGUGUGGUGGUCUUUACAAAUGGAGCCUACAAACUCAGUUCCACCAAUCAGUGUUGCGCCCACUUGGGCAGGAGAUCCUAAUUCUGCUUGGCGAGAUCAUUGGAUGCAAGCGGUGUACUUUCCCAAGACUGCUCACUAUUUAAUCAAAAAUGAGUCGUUUAUGGUCAGAUAUCUUCAUGAUUCAUUGUCCAUGCGAUUCGACAUACUUCCUGUACCUAAUUUUAAUGCUAAACCUGAUACUUCUUCACUUGAUAUCCGAAAUGAAAUGUCCUGCUUAUCAUGCUCAUGUGAUCUUCAUCGUGUAUGGCCUCGAACGCGCAUUUCUGAGUUGAAUUCGUCGGAUUACAAAACAUUUUCCACUAAAAUCAUUAAUUCACUUAUUACGGUAUCAAAAAAAUACCCAACUUCAUUAUUUAAUGUAUUAGUGGUAUCAGAUUGUACAUAUUUACCUUUUUUACUCGGAAAAAGUUUAGCAAAACAUGUAAAGCAGUUUCAAUUAGUCCAUUUGGAUACAUCACCAUCAUCGUGUUUACUUUUAGAUCGUAUUUAUAAGUCGUUUUCAUCGUUCCGGUCGAUUAUAGAGAGUUGCCAAUCGAUUGAGGAAGUUUUCUCAAGAAUGACUCCUAACAUGUUCACAAAAACUAAUCCGACUGAAUCAACUUUAAUUUUGAUCAGUGAACCGUACAUAAGUUCAUCAAUACUUCCUUGGGAUUCUUUAUACUUUUGGUAUGCCUUUCAGAACUUGCUUUCACAUAACCCAGCUUACUCAUCUUUGUAUUUAUUUAGCCCUGUUAGACUGCGCAUCUAUGCUAUUUUGGUUGACUUCAAAAAUCUUUGGCGCAUUCGUUCGCCAGUUGGAUUCACUUGUGAAUCUUUUGAUCUACGCCCAUUUGAUGAUUUAGUUUUAAAUGCAUCGGCUAAAAGUGAUGAGUUAAUUGAACCACAUCCUCUCUGGGAAUAUCCUAAUACGGCUAGAUCCGAUGCUUGUGUCAUUUUUGAUAUGGUUCUACCAAACAGUUCCGAUUUAGGUUCAGAUUUCCAGUAUGCUGAUUCUAAAAAGUUAAUUCAUUGCAAACAAAACAAUUUAACUACAUCAUCCUCAUCUGUUAAUGGUAUAGCAUUGUGGUGUGAAUGGCUCUAUAAUACCCCUGCUACACACCAUUCCAACGAAACUUGGUGGUAUGCACCAGCUGGUCCCAACAAAAUUACAACUUUAAAUGAGCCUAUUUCUUGGAAAUCUCGUGGAACACAACAGGGUGUUUUUCUUUUUCCAUCGGAAUGGAAGGCAAGAAUUUCAUCGAAUGAUUUACUACGAAUUUCUGCAUGUAUGGAUUUUGAUGUUUCGACAGGAGUUUUGUCCCCGUCAUUUAAAAUAAUAUAA